AUGACAACUGAGGUGACAAAUUGCUCUAUGCAAGCAAAACCAGGCAGUUUUGUUGUUGAUGACACAAAAAGAGAACUAUUACUAGGAAAGAGGAGUCUAGAUGCAUGUAAACAAGUAUGUCUUGAUGAUAAAGAAUGCAAAGCUAUGUAUCAUCUCAAAGAAUUCUGUUUCAUUGUGAAAGAAGAUGCUACUCCAGAGCCCUAUACAUCUGAUACCUCUCUGUUCUUUGAAAAAGACUGUCUCUACAAAUACUUGUAUAGUGGUAACCAGUGUGAGACAGACUUAGAAGAUCAGUGUAAAACAGACACUUGUAGUUCACAUGGAAUGUGUCAGGACAGAGCUGGAGAUGACAAGCCUAUCUGUUUGUGCCCUAUUGUUGGGGAAUACUCCCAGCCAAAAUGUGACUUGGUGCUGAAUCUAUGUAAUCCUGAUCCAUGUCAAAAUGGAGGUGAAUGUCGAUCAUGGGGUGCUGUCAGAAGACAGUGUGUCUGUAAACCAGGAUUCUCAGGAGUGAAUUGUUCUGUAAAUAUAGAUGAUUGUUCACUAAACAUGGAUGGGUGUUUGUAUAACAGUACAUGUAGAGAUGGAGUUGAUAGCUAUACAUGUGGUUGUAAGUCAGGAUUCAGUGGUGGGCAUUGCCAGGUCACCAGAGAUUUCUGUAGUGGAACACCAUGUCCUAAUGGAGGCUGUGUGAAUGACUAUACAACACUGUCACCCAAAUGUUUCUGUGAUUACCCAUACCAGUUAGGAAAUGAUGGUCAAUGUGAAAAGAUGGAUCUAUGUAACAACACUGUAUGUAACAAUGGAACCUGUAACCAUCUGACUGGGAAGUGUAGCUGUAACUCCGGCUAUGAAGGUUCUAAUUGUCAGCACAGUGUGGAUGACUGUAAAGACAUGCCUUGUAAGAAUGGAUCAACCUGUAUUGAUGGAUACCAAGACUACAGUUGUGUAUGUGUGUCAGGAUUUACAGGUAGAUGUCAAUUAAAAUAA